CAAUUCAAGAUGGCAGGCACACAUGUAAGAAAUGUCACAGUCGUGAGUACUGUACGUUUUUAAUUCAUCCUUGGCGUAUAAUAUCUCCCACGUGGGAAGGUGUGUGACCAGCACAGUUUACAGAAAAGAGUUAACGUGUUUUUCCAGUAACAUAGUAGAUUUGACAAUGAUAUCGUAAUGAUGGAUAAAUCAGAUGAUAAAGUUGUAAGUGGGCUGAGAGAAGACGUUGAAAAUCUUCUCCAGGCCUUCCUCCACAGACAGACUGUCAGAUAUCAAAUAUUUGCUGAGGAGUGGAGACAAUUCAACUUCAGUUUCAUUCAUUAUGCGAUUGAAAAACGACAAGAGAAAAAGGAGACAAUGUUUGAGGCAUUUCGUGUAGCCACAGACUACCUUCUACCUCCUUAUGAGCUGCAGUACCGUGUUGGGGCAUUGUAUAUCCUCUAUGCCAUGUUUGAGACUCAGCCUCAUAAACCUAAAUAUAAGAUCAGGAUGGGUCUUGAACACUGGAGAAGUUUAAAACAGCUCAUGGACACUCUAGAAAGUCAAGGCCACCUCGAUGCAGUCUACAUCUUUAACCAACUCAAAAUGAAAAAGGCGUUCAUGUUCACUGCCAUGCCAAAGAAGAUGAUCUUCCACAGUAGUUACAUGGAGCUAAAACCAGAGCAGAACCAAACAGACCGAUGGUUGGAUCGUCACCGACACAGUCUAAUGACGGAAAGCUUUGAUGACACAACUCUAGAGGUGAACCAUGAUUUACACAAACAAUACCAGAAGAAAAAGCAUGACCUUGGUCUCCAUGACAACACAUCGUUGAUGUUAGUGAAAGAGUCCAUCACCGAAUUUAUCGUCAAGAGAUUUGCAAAGCUUGAAGCUUCCCUUGAGGCAAGUAAAGAAAGUUCUCAGACGACUGAAAGCAGCGAUUCUGACGAGAAAGACCACGGCUCAAGAGUACUGCAGAUUAAACAACGCUCGUACACCACAGUUGCAAAGGCAUCUAAAUCAAGACGACAUCGCCAACAGGCUGCUAAAUCACACCCUACGGAGACUCCUACCAAAUCAAAGUCCAACAAGAGCCAUGCUAAAAAGGGUGUUGGCCUGCGUAAAUACGCAGUAAAGGACACUGCCAUUGAGCUCUCUGAAGAUUCAGCAGACAGCUUAUGGACUCCAAGCAGCAGUAAGAAACGCAAAGCCACACCUAAAGUAGUGAAAGCGCCCUCUGUGUGGGAAAAGAAGCCAGGUUACUCCGUUCCGACGGAAGAAGAAAUGCAGUCUGAGCAGACGACUCACUUGGAGGUGACUGAGGAAGCUAUGGAAGGAGAUUUGUUUUAUUUACCAAGUACCUCAAAAGAGAUGCUAGACCAACCAGAACAAGAAAUUGCAGCUCAGCACGAGGACUCCGAUUUCGUAAACUCUGAUAAUGAUGAUACUGAGGCAACUGCAACCAGAAAGGAACCGUCAUUGUCACCAACCCCAAAGAAGGCUAGCACUAAGAACUCUAACAGCUCCGAACCUCCCGAGGUUUCAAACCUUAGACGUGGCAGGUCAAGAAAGGACUCUGCAUCAGUGAGUCCUAAGAAAACUACAAAAACAGCAGCUCAAAGGAAGCGGAAGGUGUGUGAAAAGAGCAAGGUUGAAGAGUCUGAGAGCAAGACCAAGGAGUCAAAACGAGAAAGGCCAAGUCGGCGACAAACCAGAAACCCAUCCCCAGAAACCACUCCCACAAAAACCAUGGCCGAUAAGAAAGAAACAUCAAAGCAAGGAAAACCAAGCCAGCGUCAAACCAGGAACUCAUUGCUUGAAAUCACUCCCACAGAAACUAAAGACAUUAAGAAAGAAAGAACGAAACAAGGACGAACAAGCCAGCGUCAAACCAGACCGUCAUCCCCAGAAAUCACCCCCACAAAAACUAAAGAUGAUAACCAAGAAAAAUCAAAACAAGGCAGGCCAAGAAAAGAAACUUUAGUAGCUACUGCGGAGAGUAACAGAUCUCCCAAAGACACCACAAAAAAGAAACAAAAAACCUCUGACGAAAAUAACGCAAGAGGGAGUGAAAGUUCAACUGGUUUAGAGGUUUCUGAUGUUGCAGCUCGAGGGCCGAGGGCAAACGUAAAGACUCGUGGAGGUAAAACAGGAGCCAGAACAAGGGGCGCUAAGAGGAGAUAACUGGGAGACUUUGUGAAAGAUUAGUGAAAAACCAAAUACAAAGUUUGCAUUGCAUCAAUGCCAAAAUAAAAAUUAAUAAAAGGCUCACUGAGCGAAAAACUCCAAACGCGA